AUGCUAUCUCAACUAAUACUUUCGCUAACAAUUCUUUCAUCUGUCUUUGCUGCCACUUAUCACAAUACUUCAACCAGCUUCCCUACUGCCACAAGAAUCACAUUAGAACCAACUUAUAGUGUGCUCCCCACUUUAAACACAUACACUUACAGCGAUGAUACUACAACUUUCUAUGUCACAUCAACCAUGUUCACUACUAUUUGGUACACACCUUCAUCCACUAUAUCGACUACACCUACAACAACAAGUAUCGAUAAUGUAGUUUCAACUGCCGUUUCUGAAUUAACUUCUACAAUCGAAGAUGCUCAUACUACUUACACCACAACUAUGACUUCAACAUUAUUGAUUACUUUAUCAGAUCUAUAUGAAACUACUACUACAUCAAUUCCUUCCGUUGUAACACAAAACGGCCAAGUAUACAAAGUUUCCAAUCAAGAUAAAGAAGUUGUAUCCAACGUUAAUGAUGCUGAUGUGUGUUCUCCUGUUACCCAAUAUAUUACUGUUACUACAACAGCCGAUGCAAACGUCAAUGAAAAGACUGUUACACAAUUUGUCACCAAAGUUCAAGAUCCUGUCACUCAUUACGUUACCUUACAGACUUCAACUUUACAACCUUCGAAUGGUACAUUAUUUAAUAGUACUAAAAAUGUUUGA